UGUUUGCGUUCAACCGAACUUCAACGUACGUGACUGUAUACAGAUCGAGCUUCACAAGCUCCGAUGCGGAGGCCGCGACGUUUGAACCCUUCAUGGAAGAUGCGGCGUCACAACUAUUUUUGCUUCGAAGCUGUGAAUUGAUAUGCUUGUGUCAAUAUCCGCUGGUAGCUGACUGCCCUUGUUCAACGUUCGGCGCUGCAGCCUUCUCAUACUACUAGCAUACCUCAGCUUUUGAAGUUUUGACGCCUAGAAAGAAUACCCACUCUCCCAUUCAUUCAUUUCCCAGUUUCAACCGGACAUCGAAUAACUGGCAUAUUCAUGGCCCAAGAGAAUAUCGAUCCCUACUUGGUGCAAUUUGCACCAGACGACCAGGAAAAUCCAAAGAACUGGACCCGUCGGAGACGUUGGUACCUAACAUAUUUCGCGGGAUUAUUGGGGUUUAAUGCCACGUUUGCUUCGUCGGCACCUUCCGGCAUUGUUACAGAACUGACGACGCGCUUCAACCUCUCGAACGAGGUGGCUGCACUGACGAUCUCGCUCUUUGUAGCGGGUUACUGCGUUGGACCCCUUUUCUGGGGACCGCUGUCGGAGCAGUAUGGCAGAAGGCCAAUCUUCCUUAUCACCUUUCCAAUAUAUGCUUGUUUUCAAGUUGGCUGUGCACUAUCGAAGAAUACAGCGUCUAUCAUCAUAUUUCGUUUGCUCGGUGGUCUGUUCGCCGCCGCCCCGUUAACGAACAGCGGCGCGCUGAUAUCGGAUAUCUGGGACGCAAAAACACGAGGAAAAGCGUUGGCUCUAUUCACUCUUGCACCUUUUGUUGGACCAGCCUUCGGUCCACUGGUUGGGGGCUAUAUUGCACAGACAGGGACGCCAUGGCCUUGGUUGUUCUGGGUUCUCACUAUAUUUGCCACGGUGUGUUUUGUGUUGAUCUACUUCACUCUACCGGAGACAUAUGCUCCCAUUGUCCUCCUGCACAAAGCGAAGCAACUUCGUUUGAAAACUGGUGACUCCCGAUAUCACGCUCCUCUGGAGCUGAUCCAGCAAAAGCAGCUACACAAGCGACUUGAAGACAGCCUCUCUAGGCCAUUCAAAAUCCUCAUUUGCGAACCAAUGCUCAUAGCAGUCACCGCUUAUAUGAGUUUCGUCUAUGGAUGUGUGUACCUACUGUUCGAAGCGUAUCCUGUAGUCUUCACGGGUGGACACAACUUCCGGCCAGGGGUUUUGGGGUUGACCUACUUACCUCUGAUCGCGGGUAGCAUCUUGGGCGUUUUUGGGUAUCUCUUGAUAUUUCACCCUCAGUAUGAGGCAGCGAUGGAUAAGCACAAAGCAGGACUGGUUUCUCCAGAGAUACGUCUUAAUCUGGCUAUGUCUGGAGCGCCACUGUUCGCCAUCACCUUCUUCUGGUUUGGAUGGACAUCCUAUCCAUCCAUUUCAUACUGGGCACCAAUGAUGGCGGGCACGUUGAUGGGACUGUCUUCGAUUUGGAUCUUUCUCGCAUUAUUCAACUAUAUCAUUGACGUCUAUCUUAUCGCUGCUGCAUCUGCCCUUGCUGCAAACACUGUUUUCCGAAGUGCUGCAGGCGCGAUAUUUCCUCUCUUCGCAACGCAGAUGUACACUGCCCUUGAUCCACGAUGGGCUUCAACUUUACUCGGCUGUGUUGCCUGUAUGAUGAUUCCCAUUCCCAUUGUGCUUAAACGGUAUGGGCCUGCGUUGCGUGCAAGGUCUCGGUUUGCACCUGCGCUUGUUUAAGAUGCAUACACUGCGCCGUUUUUACUCUCAAGGACGUUUCCGUAGUAGUGUUGUCGAUGAGGAUUUGUGUAUCAGUACACCAUAUUUCUAGCGGACAAUUGAUAUGGACUAUUGACGACUAUUCCUA